UAGGAGUACAGUGUAGAAGAGACCGGUGUAGUCUGUUGAAGUCAAGCUGCUGAACUCAUCUGAGACACAGCUGAGACUCUUGACAAACUUUGUCAGGAACACAGUGAUUUGAAGGGUGAUAUUGUGGCAAAGGAGAUAACAAUUUUAGACUUCACUGUAUUAUCAUCACAGGACUUGGGACACAGGGGCUGCGUUACACAGAGCAGUGAAAGGAAGGAAGGGAGAGGCAGCUCUCUCUGCUUGUGGAAGUAGCGCCUGACCAUAAAUUAUAGCUUUCGCUGUGAGAGAGCACGGAUCCUCUGCAGCACCAUGAGUCUCUUUGCUCCAGCCGGGACUCUGCUAUUGCUGCUCUCUCUUUCUGCUCUCCUCCAUGGCUGUUCCUCCUCUCCCACCACGGAGGAGUGCACUGGCAUGGGCGUCCGGCUGCGCUCCUUCAAGCUGGUGUCCAACUGCAACUUCACCACCCUGAAAGACAAACAGAUCCAGGAGGUGCAGGCUCCCACCACCGUGCUCUACGUGCCCAUGCUCUACCUGGUAGCCUUCACUGUGGGCCUCCCGGCUAACCUCCUGGCCCUGUGGGUCCUUCUGUUCCGUACCAAGAAGAUGCCAUCCACCAUCCUCCUCAUCAACCUCACCGCCACCGACCUCAUGAUACUGAUGGUGCUCCCCUUCCGCAUAGUCUAUCACUUCCAGGGCAACGACUGGGUCUUCGGUGAGCCCUUCUGCCGCGUGGUCACGGCGCUCUUCUACGGCAACAUGUAUGGCUCUGUGCUGUGCCUGGCGUUCAUCGCCGUCGACCGCUAUGUGGCAUUGGUGCACCCGUUCGGUGCCAAAACCCUCCGCAGCUUUCGCACCUCCCUUUACAUGAGCCUGGGCGUAUGGGUGGUGGCGCUGGCCGCCAUGGUGCCUCUCCUCGUCUCCCGCCAGUCCUACAAGCUGGACGAGCCGAGCAUAACCACGUGCCACGACGCGUUGCCUGAGGAGGAGCAUGAGAACUACUUCCUGCCCUACUUUCUCACACUCUUCUUUCUCUGCUUCCUGCUCCCCCUGCUGGUCGUCCUCUACUGCUACGGCUCCGUGAUACGCACCCUAGUGGCGGGAGGCCAGCGCUACGCCCACGCUGUGCGCGUCACUGUGCUAGUGCUGGUAGUGUUCGUUGGCUGCCUGCUACCCAGCAACGUCCUCCUUCUCCUGCACUACUCCGACUCCUACCUGGUGGAUGACGGGGAGGACCUGUACGUGCCCUACAUGGUUAGCCUAGCUGUUAGCACGUUGAACAGCUGCAUCGACCCCUUCAUCUUCUACUACGUCUCUGACGACUUCAGGGAAAAGGUCAGGACGGUGCUGUGUUGCCGCGGCGACAACGGGAGAGACUCGACCACGGGGAACCAGGUGUCCUAUUCGUCCACCUCAAAGGGGACACAAAGGUCAAAGGUGAUACUGCUGUCCAAGUCUAGUCGGAGCCCGGCGACGUCAGAGGGGGAGAUAGCAUGCAGAUAGGUAUUAGAGAACUAGACGUGUAGGCACUAGGAUCACACGAAGACUCAAUGUUGUGUUGUUCCUCUGGUUUAUGUGAGACUCUCAUUUAUACAGCCAAUGACUUUUAUCGUAUAUUGUGAAAAACAAAAAAUGGAUGGCAAAUUCUGUGCAAUUUCCAUAAACAUGCAGUCAAUGGAGGGAGGUGUUUAGGAAUUAUCAUCAUACAGGGAUACAAUAGUCUCUUUAGACAUCCACUUUGCCUAUGGUCUGGUUUUCGAGAUGAGGGUUUGUAUCGUUAGAGUUCUACAGGAUUACACAGUCAAUCUAUAUUAAUGGAAUGUCUUUUAUAAAUCUGACAAAAUGGGAAAAAUACA